CUAGCUGCGUUUUACCGGGCUGUCACAUACUGCAUACUGCAUCAUACAUCAAAGAGCUGCACAGAGUGCAUCCACCCAGUCACUCUAACUUAGUCACUAGAUUACUUGUUCAGUAGGUCGUCAUCUGAAAUACUACACGUAAGCCUUGCUACCUAUAAGACACAAACAAAGCUGCUAAAGCACGUACUCUACAUUUAAAACAGUAUUCAGUAUUAUUCACGCUGGCGUCGAGUAAGAUGGACUACAUGGAUGAUGAGAAUGAAGGGGACCUUGAAGAAGCUCAUAGAUCAACAGCUGAUUUUGAUGACUUUAGCAGUUCAGAUGAUGAACAAUGGGAGGGCAUUAAUACAAAUAUAGCAAAUAGUAUCCCUAAAACAGAUUUUCCAAAUUUGAAUAGCAGAAACCACUGGAACCGCUACAAUGAUUGCUUCACAGGUCCGAGUACUUCACAAAGCAGGAAUGUUACACCUGAAGCAUAUGACAAGUAUUUCAUGCUGCUGAAAAACUGGCUGGAGACAGCUCGCAUUGAUAUGAACGUUGGUCCACCUCCCUUCCUCCCCAACGUCACUAUGCAAGACGUUAUAUCUGUCGCCGCAGCUAUUUCUGCGGAGAGGCGGAAUGCUGACGAAGAGGAGCAACUGCAAGCGAUGGGGGCUGUCGCAGCCGUCGCUGCUUCUGACGGGACUGCAGCAUCCUCAUCGUACGAAUGCAGGCCCGCUCCUAUCAUGAGAAGGAUUGCUGCUGGCGUCAUUGAUGGUAUCAUUGUUUUUAUGAUUAAAUUUUAUUUGAUUAUAAUUUUGCAAGAUACUUUUGGGUUAAAUUUAUCGAGUUAUGCUGAUUAUCUGGAAAACCCGGCACUAUUUUUAAAUUUAUCUAGCGAUAUCGCUAUUAUGGAAUUUGUUUCCAAAUUAUUUAUAUUUGUUUAUGAGACAUAUUUUAUUUCUCGACAUGGAGCCACCCCUGGAAAGAGAAUGACCGGCUUAAGGGUUGUCACCGUAGAUGCUGUCUCCCCAAUUCCUGGUAGAGCCACAGUGAAAGCUACAGCUAUGUCCUUCGUCAGUUGGAGGCGAGCUCUGUUCAGAAGUAUUCUGAAGAACAUUGGUUUAUUCCUCUUCCCAAUUUUAUAUGGUUUUUUGAUCUCAAACUACACUCGUGCUGGAUAUGACCAUGCCGUUAAAACCUUAGUCAUCGACGGCACUGUUCGCCCAAUACGCAUCGAGGAGAAUUGAACUCUGUGAUCCCUAGACCUAAAUUAUUUUUCUAUUUAUAUUGUAUAUCCGUUCAAGAGAAGGCUCGUGUUCUUAAAA